AUGAACCGAUCCUCCGUUGAUAUCUAUUAUCUUCAUGCACCAGAUCGAUCAACUCCUUUCGAAGAGACAGCCGGUUCGAUAAACGACCUAUACAAACGAGGAAGUUUCAAGAGAUUUGGUCUUUCCAAUUUCACCGCCGAAGAAGUUGAACGAAUGUACAAUAUUUGCAAAGAAAAUAAUUACGUUCUUCCAUCAGUGUAUCAAGGAAAUUACAAUCCAAUCACACGAAAGAGUGAGCAAGAAUUAUUUCCACUUUUAAGAAAGCUAGGAAUACAUUUCUAUGCUUACUCACCACUUGCUGGAGGAUUCUUAAUCAAGACGCCAGAUCAAAUUAAAAACGCUCCAGCUAAUUCUCGAUUUGACGCUUCCACUCCGGGUGGUGAAUAUUACGCAGGUCUUUAUUGCAAAGAGACCUUUUUCUCGGCACUAGAGGCAUUUCAAAAUCGUUGCAAGAAACUUAAUAUCAAGGCUUCGGAAGCCUGUUUCUCAUGGCUGCUGAAUCAUUCACAACUGAAAGAAGGAGAUGCAAUUAUUUUGGGAGCAAGCAAUAUGGAACAACUUACGGAAAAUCUUUGUGAUUCUAGAGGAGUUCAGCUCAGUACGGAUAUCGUUCAAGAACUAGAAAACUUAUGGAAAGCAGUAGAAAGUGAGGCCCCAAAGUAUCACAUGUAA